AUGAUAGAGGUGAGUAUCCACCCAACAGCUUUAACAAUUUUAACCGAAGUGAAGAAAAAGUGCGCUUGGGAAGCCUCUGUUUGGUCGAUGCGUUCACUAUUAAAAAAUUUGAAAUUUUCUUUCAAAAAGUGCAACGAUGGUAGAAAAUUUCUGAUGAAAAGAAACGACAUUGUCGAACUACGUGGUACAUAUUUAAGAAAAAUAUGUACGCUUCGCGAACAAAAAGAUACCCGAACUGUUGUUUAUUUAGACGAAACGUGGAUAAACCAAAAUCAUAGUCAAUCACGGAUGUGGCAAAAUGCAGAAGAGACCGCUGGACUAAAAGUUCCUACGGGCAAAGGAGGGCGUCUCAUUAUUUGCCACGCUGGAUCUGCGAAGUAUGGUUUUGUUAACGAUUCAAAAUUAAUUUUUCGAGCUAAUGUUAGCAACUUUGAAAGCGACUACCAUACUUCUAUGAAUGCUGAUGUGUUUAAAAAUUGGUUUAUUUCAAUGUCUAACCACCUCGAAGAGCCGUCAGUCAUCGUCAUGGACAAUGCGUCGUACCACUCAAUGCUGAUGGACAAUUUUCCCAAAAGCAAUAGCCGGAAAGCCGUUGUUGAAGAGUGGCUGAAAAAUAAAAAUGUUGAUUUUUCUCCACAAGAACGGCUGUCCGAAUUACGUGAGCGAGUAAAAAAACUGAUUCCAAAGUAUAAACGGUACGAGCUGGACGAGAUAGCACUUCAAAUGGGUCACGAAGUCAUAAGGUUACCUCCCUACCAUUGUCAGUACAACCCUAUUGAGUUGAUUUGGGCACAGGUUAAAGCGGAGGUAGCCAAAAAUAACAACACAUUCAAAUUGGCAGAUGUCGAAAAAUUGGCGCACACGGCUAUUGAUGCAGUGACACAAAAUGACUGGAAAAAAUGUGUUGAACACGCGGAAAAAAUUCAGAAUGAAGACAACGAAAAGGAAAUAUUGAGGGAUAUCACAUUGGAGCCAAUUAUCAUCACAUUAAAAGAGGACGACAGCGAUUGGGGCGAUGAAGAAAAUGACGACGACAUAAUUGAUGAAGAAUGUUAG